GGACCCGGGCGCGGGAUGCUAUGCUCGGCCAUGGGGCCGCGCGGCUUCCCGUCUCUUCUGCUGGUGUUCCUGAGCUGCUGCGCUUCAGCAAGCACCCAGGCCGUGGCCACCCCGGUCGUGGCCACCCCGGGCACGACGAAGGAGGACCUCAACUCCACCGAGGCCAUCCCAGCCACUCUCAGGCCCUCCGGGUCGCCUAGGACCCCGGGGACUCCCAGGGCUCCGGAGCUCCCUGGCCCCAGGCCCACCCCGGUCACGGACGUUGCUGCUCUGUGUGUCUGUGACCUGCUUCCAGCACAGUGUGACAUCAACUGCUGUUGUGACCCCGACUGCAGCCCCACGGAUUUCAGUGUCUUCUCUGCCUGCUCAGUCCCAGUUGUCACGGGUGAUGGGCAAUUUUGUAGUCAGAAGGCAGCCAUCUACUCAAUGAAUUUGACAGCAGACCCUCCUCACCGCGUCUUUAAACUCAUUGACCAGAUCAACCCAUCCAUCUUCUGCAUUCAUAUUUCAAACUACAAGCCUGCACUGUCCUUCGCUAAUCCAGAAGUGCCCAAUGCAGACAAUUUCGACAGACUGGUGCAAGCAUCGGGUGGUUUUAUGUUGAGUGCCGAAUCAGAUGUUCCUUCCACAGCCUCAUCAGAUACCCCACAGCCCGCUAAAUAUGAGUAUGGAGUCCCUCUGCAGACUGCAGGCACACCUUCAGGGUCAUUUCUUCGACUCCCUUCGCCUCUCACAUCAUCUCUUUGCACAGAUGAGAACCCUGCAGCAUUCCUGGUGAGCCAGGCCUUCAAAUGCAGCCGAAAGGUAGACAUAGAAGCGUGUGAAAGGAUGGAAGCCCUCAGCAUGGCUCACUACAGCAGCCCUGCCGUUCUGAGGGUACCUAAUUCAACAGCACAGGUCUCCAUCAAGGUCCAGUCUGUCAUGUAUCGGUCUCUCAAUCACACACUCACCCGGUUAGAAGGCCAUGGCAUAUUGCAGCCGUCUCUGGUCAGCAUUGGGCAAGAUAGACUCUGCAGCAACGCUGUUCUCGAGGUGAAGUACAGCCUGCUGUACACAGCCACAGGCCAGGUAGAAGAAGCCAGCCUCUCCCUUGUCCUGGGGACAUUCAGCAGCACAGUGACUCUCCUGCAGCAGAAGUUCGAGAUUCACUUUAUUCAGCACGGCACCAAGCCUGUUCCUCGCAGUGGCAACCCUGGUUACAGGGUAGGACUCCCGCUGGCCGCUGGCUUUCAGCCUCGGAAGGGCCUGUGAAUGUCUGGGAUUAUUCAGACAACAAACAGACAAGGCCAGCUUACUAUUCUUCGUAGCACAGGCGAGCAGGACUGCCUUGCCAGCGAGGGGCUCCGGGACCCGGUGUUGUUUGGCUACAAUGUUCAGUCUGGCUGUCAACUCAGACUGGCAGGCACCAUCCCCUGUGGGCUCCUGGCACAGAAGAUUCAGGGCCUGCUGAGAGGCCAGGCCUUCCCUGACUAUGUGGCCGCGUUUGGGAACUCCCAGGCCCAGGAUGUGCAGGACUGGGUGCCUGUGCGCUAUGUCACCCAUUCCUCCAACAUGAAGGGCCCUUGCCAGCUCCCUGUGGCUUUGGGUAUAGAAGUGAAGUGGACUAAGUAUGGAUCUCUGCUGAACCCCCAAGCCAGGAUAGUAAACGUCACUGCCCAGCUCAUCUCCAUUCCAGAGCCCCUCCCAGAGCCUGAGAGGACGAUUAUCAUUUCCACUACAGUGACAUUUGUGGAUGUGUCAGCCCCUGCAGAGGCAGGCUUCCGAGCUCCACCCACCAUCAAUGCCAGGCUGCCCUUCAGCUUCUUCUUCCCAUUUGUGUGA